CAUCAUCUGCGUGUUCAUGUUUGUUUAAAGGAAAGGCAAUGACGGCUAACGAAUUUCUUACAGUUUGACUGCUAAAAUGACGUCGUCUGCCAUUAGCUUCAGUAAGCUAGCUUAAAGUAGCCUACCUUUAUCAGAUUCAGAACGUUUCUUUCAUUGUAUGCUGCACAGCAUUUGCAGGAGCUCAUCUUUCUUUAGAGUUGUUACCCACAGUUAUCUGGAUACCACUUCAGUACUUUCUUCCAAGAACAAGGCCAAGAACAAGAACCAGUCAAACCAUCAUGUCUGAGAAAAAACGAAAGUCUACAUCUGCUGCUGCUGUUAAAGAACCCAGUGCUAAGCAGCAGAAGCUGGAUCCCACGAAGGAGAAGGACUGGCUGCAGGACAGUCUGAAGCAGCAGAGGACAAAGAACAAGCAGAUGAAAUUCAACAAAGAACGCCUCCGCUUCAUAUCUAACACUGAGAGGAUAAAGCAGGGCUCAGAGGGUGUUCUGUACUGGAUGUCACGAGACCACAGAGUACAAGAUAAUUGGGCUCUGAUCCAUGCCCAGCAGCUUGCUCUGAAGGAGAAGCUUCCUCUGCACGUCUGUUUCUGCCUGUUUGUCCCAAAAUCAGAGCUGUCCACCCUGAGACAUUACAGCUUCAUGCUGAAAGGUCUGAAAGAAGUCGAAAAGAAUUGCAGAUCCUUAGACAUCCAGUUCCACCUGCUCCAUGGUUCAGCUGGAGACGUUCUCCCCGGCUUUGUGUCUGAUCGAGAACUGGGCGCAGUGGUAACAGACUUCUCCCCCCUCAGAGAGCCACUGCAGUGGUUGGAGGAUGUUAAAAAGACUCUUCCAAAAGAUAUUCCCCUCAUACAGGUAGAUGCCCACAAUAUUGUCCCCUGCUGGGUAGCCUCACCUAAACUUGAGUACGCCGCCAGGACAAUCAGAGGAAAACUCACAAAGCUUCUCCCGCAGUUCCUCACAGACUUUCCUCUGGUAGAAAAACACCCCUACACAACGGCAAGAACCGCCAAACUCAUAGACUGGGAAAAAACCCUAGCCUCCCUGCAGGUAGACCGAGAUGUAGGAGAGCCGGAGUGGGCUAUGCCGGGCACCAACGGAGGGGUGGCCAUGUUGGAGUCCUUCAUUGAUGAACGCCUCAAACUAUUCGCUACUCAACGCAACGACCCAAACAUUGCAGGCCUUAGCCAGCUGUCCCCCUGGAUCCGCUUUGGUCACCUUUCAGCCCAGCGUGUGGCGCUGCAGGUUCAGAGCAGUGGGAAAUGUGCAGGUCCAUCUGUCGCUACCUUCAUCGAGGAGUUGGUUGUGCGAAGGGAGCUGACGGACAACUUCUGCUUCUACAACGAGAAAUACGACAGCGUAGAGGGUACGCAUGACUGGGCUCAGAAGAGUUUAAAGGCUCAUGCCAAAGACAAGAGGGAGUAUCUCUACACACGGGAGCAGCUGGAGAAAGCAAAGACACAUGACAAACUCUGGAAUGCCUCUCAGUACCAGAUGAUCACUGAGGGGAAGAUGCAUGGUUUCCUGAGGAUGUACUGGGCCAAAAAGAUUCUGGAGUGGACUUCUUCACCAGAGGAGGCGCUCUCCAUCGCCCUCUACCUAAACGACCGCUACAGUCUGGAUGGCCAGGACCCCAAUGGCUUUGUCGGUUGUAUGUGGUCUAUUGGUGGCAUCCACGACCGAGCCUGGGGAGAGAGAAAGGUUUUCGGAAAGGUCCGCUACAUGAACUACAAAGGCUGCCAGCGGAAGUUUGACGUAGCUCGGUUUGAGAAAAAGUACUGUCCCAAAAACCUUUGAAGCCUAACCUUUUUUUGAGGAUAUGGAUACAAUUCCUGACAUACAUCUCCUGCACCAUUAGCCUCAGGGAGUGUCCGUACAGCAUUUCUUAUAGAAUAUAUUUUGACUAUUUUUGUCAAAAACUGUUUAUCCUUUUAAAUUCUGAUCUGAUGUUCCUACCUGGCUAGUGUUGUAUGCCAUUACAUUUUAUGUAUGCUACUUUUAUUUUUGUCUGUAUGUUUUAAUAAAAAU